UGCAGUGCAGGGCGGAGAGGGGGUUUGGCGUGGAAGCAGCAGAAAUGGCCAGCAAAGUGUUGGAUCUGUUGUACUGGCGAGAUGUGGGGACCACCGGGCUGGUGUUUACAGGUUUGGUUGUGGGUUUGGCUUGUUUGUUCCAGCUCAGUUUCAUCACGAUCCUGUCCAACCUUGGCUUGGGCAUCUUGGCCUUCACCCUCCCUGUGCGCUUUCUUUACAAAGCCCUGGAGCUGGUCCGCCUCAGUGACGGAUCUCACCCCUUCCAGUCAUAUUUGGAUGAGGACCGCACACUGACAGAUGAGGACACGGUCCGCAUGGCCGAACAAAUCGUUUUGCUGAUUGCUACAGCUGUCACCAAGCUGAAGAGGCUUUUCUUCAUCGACAGCAUCAUGGAGUCUGUGAAGUUCUUUGGGUUGCUAUAUCUGAUGACCUAUGUGGGGGUCCAAACCAAUGGUCUCACACUUAUGAUGACUGGUGUGAUAUGUGCUUUCUCUCUGCCACUGCUGUACAGACUUCAAAAGGAAAGGAUCAAGAUGAUUGUCAAAGCAAUCAAAACACUUGUGGAGAGAAUCACUGAAAUAUUUGAUCUUGUUGUAUCACUGGUCAAGCCUCCACCAGCACCAGCCCCUGCACCUUCUCCUGCCCCCACACCAAAACAUAAACAGAAGACGAAAUGAAGAUGAUGGAGAGAGAAAUGGGGUUUAAGAGUGUUGAGUAGGCUGAAAAAAGAAAGUGUCACGGUGCAGAUGUGGCCCUGCUUGUCACCUGGUGUUAGGCAAGGUUGGGGGGUUCAAUUGUGUUCAGUUAUUUAAAUCACAAUGUCUUUUAUAACUAGUAAUUAUAUACAGCUGUGUAAUUUUUAUAAUUACUAGUUAAUUUAGCCUGUCAAGGCUUUUUUUCUACUAAUUUUCAUGGAAGUCUUUAAAAGUUAAACCUAGUGACAGUUGCUAUUAUGUCUUUGCCCACUAGAGGGUACAAUGAAAUUACAAAUUAAACCAAUUCUGGGCCAGCAACAACAUGUUGGAAAAAUUCUGUGAAGUAAAUUCUCUCACAAAUGUUGGAGCUAAAUUUGGGUUUUAAUACUUGUGUUGUACAUUAAUGAAAUGGAAGCACAGGAAGAGUCUACUGAAUGUUUAUGUCAGAGUGUCUCAUUUUAAAACAAGUCAUGUUUUGCUUUAGUGUUAAACACGUGUUUUCAGUGUUCUUUGCCUUUUCUUUACAUGUGACAACAUAGAAAACAGCUUAUCAUAUAUUAUUGGGCUUGCUCAGAAAGGCUUCUUUUGUGGCAAAUAAGCAUCUGUUGAGGAUGCAACCUAAUUCGAGAAAACUUUGAAAAAGCAAUUUCAAAACAUUCAGGCGAAAAAUACUGGUUGCAGAUGCGGUUGUAAUGCUGAACAGAAAUAAAUAUAUGAUGUUCUUUGAUGUUCAAAUACUUCCACGCUUGGAUGAUGAUAAAAAAAAAAAUAUGGGAACUGUUGUCACAGGCUUUUAGGAGAGUAUAUUGACCAUCUGUAAAAUGACAUUAAUGUGUCAGAAACUUUGGAGGAAACUGUUUUAAAGCACAAGAACAACAUUUUGCACAUUAAAGGAUAACAGUUUCCAUGAGCACAGUAGGAGCAUUUCAGGAAGAGCACACCGAUGCUCCACUGACAGGAACAUUUGCACUCAAAGGAACAAUUCGUAUCCAGUGCCAUUUUAAACGUCCUGCUUCAGAGUUUAGCUUUAAAUUACCCAUGUGUAUUAUUGUUUGCUAUAAUGUUGUCAUGGGAAUUAUCAAUUGAGCAUAUGAAGAAAACUGUGACUUUAGUAGUGAAUCAAUUUAUAAAUCUUCAUUGAAUUACUGUAUUUGAGUAAUUAAAAUGGGAU